UGUUCGACAUCUCUUUCAAACUGCCGAUCCGUUAAAAUGGCGAUACAAAACGGCGACAGCGAUGGUGCCCUGCUUUCCAAACCCUCCGACCAAGAAUAUCCCUCCCUCAAUCGCAUACCCGCCAACUACAACCCGCUCACAAACUACAACCUCCCCAAAAACCGGCACUACACCCAACAAUAUGCAGACAUGUACUUCGCCCGCCUGGCGCAGCUCAAGCCCGCCGUCGAGCAAGUCGCCGCAGAAGCCUGGCAGGACUUUGAGAUCGCGGGCGAGCGAGCACGCAGAGUCGACCGCGUGCUGGACGUGCGGCAAGGCGAGCUGUGCUGGGUGAUUGGCACGUGCUACAUGGAGAUGCCGCUCAAGCCGAACGUGCUGGAUGAUAUUGGCAAGGAGCAUUGGAUUGCGGCGCCGCCUGCGAGGCAGAAGUACACGGAGGGCGGGGAGGGGGAUCAAGUUAUGUUGGAGGAUGAGAGUGGGCGGUUGAGAUUGACGGGUGGUGCGCUGAGGAGUGUGUUGCUGGUUACCGGGGCGAUUGUGGCUGUCAUUGGGACGGAGAACAAGGAUGGAGAUUUCGAAGUGCUGGAUGUGCGGGUGGCGGAUCUGCCUCGACAGCCUCCGCGGUGGGAGAGAGAUGAUGGCGACACGGCAGUGCGGGGAAAGAGUGUCUCGAAACCGAGACCGAGCGGUGGCAAGGUGGCCAUCGUGUCUGGACUCAGCUUCAGCGGCGAUGUAGGCGACACACUACCUCUCGAGCUGCUCUCAGAAUGGCUGCUUGGAGAGUCCGCAGGGCCAGACGACCAACAAGACACCUCCACCAUUUCCCGCCUCAUCAUCGCCGGCAACUCCAUCGCCCACGGCUGCCCCAUUCCAUCACGAGAAGAAGUCGCCGCCGCAGCGUUAAAAAGCCGCGGCCAGAAGAAAUACGGCUACGACAGCGCCUCCUACAACGCCGCCCCGACCGCACGCUUCGACACCUGGCUCGCAAACCUCCUUCCCUCAAUUCCCAUCACCCUCCUGCCAGGUGAAUCCGACCCGACCGCCACCUCGCUCCCACAACAAGCUAUCCACGCCGCCAUGUUCCCCCACUCGCGCGCCUACAUGCAACCGCCCGCAGUCGACCACAGCUCCACCGAGCAGGAGCGAAGCUGGUUCACCAGCACGACGAACCCCACCGAAUUCGACCUGCAGGGCUGGCGCUUCCUCACGAUUGGCGGGCAGACGCUCAACGACGUCUACAAAUACCUUUCCACCAACGAUCGGCUGGAGAUGAUGGAGGCUAUGCUCCGCUGGCGCCUGACGGCUCCCACUGCCCCCGAUACCCUUACCUGCUAUCCGUUUCAGGACGGCGAUGCUUUUGUGCUGAAGGAGUGUCCGCACGUGUACGUUGCGGGCUGCCAGCCGAAGUUUGAGACGGGCGUGAUUGAGGGGCCUCAGGGGCAGAUGGUGCGGUUGUUGGCUGUGCCGAGUUUCCGCGAGACGGGCGAGGUGGUCGUGGUGGAUCUGGAGUCCUUGGGGGUGGAGGUUGUCAAAUUUGAGGUCUGGGAGGGUGGGUGAGGCGGAUGGAGUGUGAGGUGGCGUCAGAUGGCGAGCACGCCCAACAUUGUUGAGUCUCUGCAUGACGAACAUUGUACAGACUUGUAAAAAUAGGGCCUUGUGAAAGCUCGGCUCGGCUCAAAGAGGAGACUCCGUGAGAGCGAUCCACAAACAUCAAACGUACUCCACCCCUUCAUCUGCACACUCCCUCCCUCCCUGAGCCCCCUCA